UUGUACUGUAAAAAACCAAGGAGAUUAACUUUGGCCAAUUUUUCUAGGGCUAAAUAGACAAACUCUUAUUUAUUUGGAGUCUAAAAUAAGAAAAAAAAUGGUUGUGUUCUAUGAAGCUUUGAAAGAUGUUACAGAGUACGGGAAGCAAAGAUGGAUAUCUAGCUCCAAAUGGCAGGUUAAUAAUUCAUUUGAGGGGCUGGUUUUAGGAGGAUUAGCUGGUGGUCUCAGUGCAUAUCUCACCACUCCUUUGGAUGUCGUCAAAACAAGGCUGCAAGUUCAGGGUUCAACUUUAAUGUAUAAUGGUUGGUUGGAUGCAAUGUACAAUAUAUGGGUCAGGGAAGGCAUGAAGGGGAUGUUUAGGGGUAGCAUCCCCAGAAUUGCGUGGUACAUUCCGGCUUCAGCUCUUACAUUCAUGGCUGUGGAAUUUCUCAGAGAACAUUUUAAUGAAAGAGGGCCCAAUGGUGAUUUGAGAGAUGUUGCCAGAUUAUCAAUAGAAAAGAAGAAAUCUCUACAAGAGGCUGCUUAAAAGUGUUCUGGUUUAGUCUCAUUAUUUCCCAUCUAGAUUUUUACAAAGAUGGGAUGCUAUAUCAUAUCAAAAUUCUUAGAUAUGCUUAAUCUACCUUAAAUUCCCAUUGUUUCAAACAUGUUGUGACAAGAAAAUUAUAGUAAAAAUGCAAACAUAAAACUAAUUCAAACUUUAUCUGGUCCAUUUUUGUUUGGUCUGCUAUCUUCCGAACUAGUGAAUAGAGACUUGGAAAACUUAGAAAUUUGGCUUCGAGAACAUCUUAAGGUGAUAAUAAGUAGUAGUAUAUGUACAUAUUUACCGUACACAUUUUUCACAUAACUUUCAUGCGGUGUUCUGUAUUUGUCUAUUUUUUGAAUAA